AUGGCAAACGAUUCACGUCGACAUGAUUUGUGCAAAUUGCUCAACAAAUUUAAGAAGGAAGAACUUCUUCGUGGACUUAUUGAACGAGGUUUCUUGAUGGAUGAUUCGCUAGACACAGAGGGAACGAAAAAAUCUUUCGUGAAUCGAAUUGUGAAGAGCUGCUUCCAUGGCGAAGUGAAGACUGACCAAGUAGCCUUAAUGGAUUUAUUGUGUAAGCAAGUUUCUUUGACUUGUGUUUGCUAUUCUCUACGAUACUUCUAGUAUUUGAAAUAGUGCUUAUUACAAGGUAUUUUUUGUCACUUAAUAGUUGAUGAACAGACAGAGUAGCCAGACGUUUCCUGGGUUUCUUUGAGAAUUUUUAAAGAAGAAAAGUGAAAUUUAUAUCCAUAAAUUAUAUAUCAUGCAUGUUAUCUAUAUUAAAUGUUAUUCCAGUACUUGACACGAAAACAAAAACAUUGAUUGUACUGCAUUUCAGAUCAUCAAACACAUCCUCAUUGCAAGAAAUGGAAUGUUUACAAGCUUGUAGGUUUUGGUAAGUGGAGAAAUGACGAUGGGAUCAACAUGCUUGUUUACUGUAUAGUACCACUGAACGGCAAUGACAUCUUUUUAAAAAUUCAGUCAUAAAUGGUAGUACAUGUAGCCCAUAUUUCAGACAUUCCUUUGAGUCAUAUACUCUUCUCAGAGGAGUACGCGACUCAUGGUAGCUACAGAUUACUGAUACAGAUUGAAUUCUACAUUGACAAACACCUAACAUAGACAUAAGUAGUCUAUUAUUCAGACUCUUAUACUGCUGUUAUUUCGGGUUCAGUGUCAGUGCAAUUCUCAGCUGGCAGAGCUACGUUUGGCAACCUGAUAAGCAGACGGCCCCUACUUAUGUAGACAAUAAUAAAUUUAUUAUCUACUCCAGAAGAGAGCAUACAAAUAGUCCACUGUAUCCCUGGUCAUCCUUAUCUAGUGAUGUUUCACUGGUCAUUUCUAGAACUAACAGUUAAAUUCUAUAUUGUAUGUUGAGAUGGGGUGGAGCCUCCCCUUGUUAACCAUCACAGGGAGUAUCCCCCUUCCUGGGAUGCUGAGGAGGAAAUUAACUCAUAAAUUCACUUUCAUAAAGGAAAUAAAGGGAGAUGUAAAGAAUCAACCACAAGUGAGAGGACACAGAAAAAAUCUGAGCACCAGAUGGGAUUCCAACCCAACACCCUUCUUGUUGUAGAACACAGAGGGUAGUGGGUUCGAAUCCCAUCUGGAGCUCAGAUUUUUUCUGUGUCCUCUUUUGGUUGAUUCUUUACAUCUCCCUUUAUUUCCAUUGUAAUACUAAUAUCAGUGGUAUAAAUUCACUUUCAGUUCCUGAAAAAGUGCUGAAUACAUCUGAUCCUCUGGCAUUUAAAUCUCAAUUGGAAUCCUGUUUAGGACUCUACCUUAGAGUGGUUAGUAAAAGUACUGAAAACAGUAUCUUUAUGGGUCUUACUUGUUUCAGCAUUUUUGUCAACCCCAAGCAAGGACCAAAGCCAAGAAUCCUUUGAUUCUGUUAGGGUUAUUUUGCAUCAGAGAAAAGAAAAAAAUCAAGGUGUUUUACAAUAACAUGCACUACAUACUUCAUUAAAAGAACCCCAAAAACCCCUUAAAAAUUGGUGGUGUUGCAGGAUUCUCUGGAAGCUUUAGUGACCAGUGAAAGUGAUUUCACAGUUGAGCUAGUUACUUAAAGAAAUGACUUUUAAGUGAGAAUUUUAAUUUAAAAGUAAAUCCAUUGGUUUGUUUCUCACCACUUUAACACUUUGUUCAACAAAAUAAACACAUAAAACACAAAAUAAAGGAAAUAAAUGUUGUGGUAUCUUCAUGGCUAAAAUUUGUUCCCUGGUUGUCCACAUCUUUUUAUCUAAUCCAUUUGCCCUGCUUUAAAGUUUCUGGACAAAGCUGGUGUUUUCUAGCUUUUCCAUGGUCUUUUUGAGGGUAGGGUAACAUCUAAAUGGCCUGCAGAGGUAUGAUAAACAUUUUAUGUAUGUGCAUGUCUGUCCCUUUCUGUCUUUUUCAGUUUUUAUGAAUUCUUUCUCCACCACAAGCAACUAGCUAAUCACAAGACUGCACAAUCCUGUACAAUAAUGUUAAUGCUUUUAAUAGAUGUGCUGCAUAAAACAAUGUUUAAUAAUUCCAUGUCCUUGUAUUUUAAUUUUGGUUCCAAGCAUGUCUUUGUUAACUUGUGGAAAAACAGUCUGUGGACCUGGCUUCACAUUUACGAGCGAGGCUCACCCAGCAGUUUACUGGCCAGCAACACUGUGUUCCUAGUCUACUAUCCUAAUGCUGAAUAUAUCUUCAUGUCCACCAUCAAAGCUGCCCAUAAACAGUACAUCUUACAGGUAGAGGAAUAUGACAUUAAUAAGCAGCUCUCUAAAUUUAUAAUUUAUUAUAACCAAACACUUGAAGCUUUCAAUAGUUCAACUUUCCCUUCUGAUUCCCUCUCAUCUACUGUAUUUCCCCAUAGUUGUUACAGUGGAAACUCGAUUAUCCGGACUCACUGGGACUUGAGUAAAUAGUCCGGAUAAUCGAAAAUAUGAAUAUUAAUGAGACAAUAAUGUAAAUAUAGGAAAUAUAGAAAACAGAAUUUAAUUGUGAAUUAGCUCCUACUUGCAUUAUUUUAUGUAUGGUCUAAAUUUAUUAUGUAUUUACAAAUAAAAAAAGUUACUGUUUCAUGUGUUCAUGUUGGAAACAGAUUAAAACAGUGUAUUAAUUGGAAGGAUUUAAUGAAAAUUUUAAUUGUUUCAAAUUUUGAAGAUCACAUCUUAAUUAUUAAUAUUCAUGAAAAAAACAGGACCAGGGAAACAUGUCCGGAUAAUCGAGGUUCGACUGUAUACAGUUGUAGCUCGCAAAAAUGUACAUGUGUAUUAAAAGGAAAGGGGCCCAAAUUAAGUAAAACAUGCCCAUUACAAUAAACAUUCACUGUAGUUUCCCUGUUCCUUAGCACUUCAUUAUGUUGGGGUUCCAAAGUUCUUGCUGAAUCUGGACAUAAGUUUUUAAUCUAAUAACUGAUCAAACCCUGGCUAUAUUGCCUGUAAGUACACUGUAUGGCAUGGGCAAGUAAGGAGAUUCUUAGAUCAUCACAAAAUGCCAGAAUUAACAGUGCUGUCAUGAAUUCACUGACAAAAAUGUUGCUGUUAUUACAUACCAACCCAAUAUUUCUACUUUAUUUUUAAUUUACAUCAGGAUUUCUAUCAUAGCAUUGUAACUGUCAGUCCACUUUUAUAACUUAUGUAAGCAAAUGAUAUCAAAAUGUUCUUUCCUUUGUAGACACUUUCAUCUUUGCUGCACUGUCAGACUCUAGAAGAAAUCAAGUUGUCAGGAAGAGAUGUGUUGUCACUAAAGGAGCUUGUGCUCAACAAAAGUAGUCAGGUAAAGGGACAUGGCAGCACACCUACCGAUAGUAAGCUUACUUUGAAGUUCAGUAGUGUUAGUUUAUUACAAACAGCCCAGGCUUUUGUUAGUGUUAGAAUACUACUCUCUUAUUCAGAAAGAGUAAAACUUGAGGUUUCACAGAAGUAAUGUACUGCACAAUAGUACCGUUCUAUGGAUAGGCAGGGGUUUCAAUAAGCACUGACAGCUGUCAAAACGGGUCGGCUACUUUGCUCAUAGAGGUUCAUUGCUUGUAGGAAUUGAUUGUGUGACUGAUACAUUGAAAGCUACAUGUACAUUUUUUCAAUGAAAAACAUGCUUUUUCGUCCUCAAAUUUAGUCCCCAGAAUGCUGAAAAUUGCAUUUUAGGGCUUUUAAAUUUCAAAAUUUUCAAAAUUACUUUAUUCAAACCUGCUGGCUACUUCAAUUUUUAGUGAAACCUCUGGAUCGGGGUAACUCAAAUUUCUUAAUGAUUGGUUUCUAGCAGCACGGAAUUGAUCGCUAAUGGGGCAGAGUCAUUUCUAAACAGUAGGUAUCAUCAGGGUGUAUAAGAUUCAUCAAUACAAGCAAGGAUGUAGAACAUGUAGAGGGUUCCUAAGGUGCUUAUGAGCCCCCCCCCCCCCCCCCCCCCCCCCCACAAAAAAACAAAAAACAACCAAUUUUUUUUUUUUUUUUUUUUUUUUUUCUUUUCGUAUGCCUAAACUAAAACAAAAAAAAAAAAAAACCCAAAAACCACAACAAAACAAAAGAAAAAAAACAAAAAAAGAAAAAAACAUAACACAAGCAUAAUAAUUAUAUAAGGGUGUAAAAGAUGAAAAAAAAAAACAAAGAAUGAAAAAAAUGAAGGGGUUCCCAAGGGGGCUUUGGGCCCCCCCCCCCCCUCCCCUAAUGGGUAAAAUCAAUGCAAGCAAUACCGUUUUUUCUGAUCUGAUUCUUUCAGGGUGCCUUCAGCAAGUACAGAUUAAACCAGAUUGAAGGAAACCCUCUCAGUCGAAAAAGAAAGCGAGAAAAAGGUUGUAAUUGAAACACAUUCUUCAGGUCUAUUGCAUUACUGUUUUUUAGUACCCCCCUGAAGAUGUUUUGAUUGUGAACACCUUUAUUAUUGUGUAUUCCUGUGGACGCAUACAUACAAAAAUAACUAAUAUCCAAGUCAUGUCAUGAAAUUAUUUUCUUCAAAGACUCUGCAGUUGGUCGCACAAGUCCCUUUUUAGCUCAAAGCGUUUUUAGUGCCUAUGCGCUCACUCUGUCUGAGAACUCAAUGGAUCUACAAGAAUAGGCGGACUGCAAGCAGUCUAUGUCAUGAGCCUUAGGGACACUCCCUUAUUACACAGACUAUAAGCUUUAAGGAGCUAUAAGGUACAUGUGGGGUAAGGGUCUCUUUUUUUCCCAGGUCUUAAAAGUCCUGAUUGUAUGAUUGGUGCAGCAAAGCAAAGUUUUAAAGUGAACAAAUGAAAAACAGCUUUAAAAUACAGGGUCUUGAGGGGAAAAUAUAUCUCGAGAUGACAAUUUUGGUCUGAAGCAGUACAUCCUUAGCCAAAUUUUCCAGGAAUACGUCCCAAUGGGAUAGAAGUUUGGGUGCUAAAACCACACUGAGCCAAUUAAGGAAAUAAUGGAAAGCUAGACCAUCUAUUAUGCUCUAACACCAAAAUUCUAGCCCUAUACUCCCCAGAUUUCUCCAUGUCAAAAGUCAGUCAAAAUCCAAAAAAUAAUGUAUUUUGUGUUUGGGGGGCUAUAUACACUGCACUUUAAACUGGCAUUCUAAGAGUUGGAGCCCUAUGACAUUGAUAGUUUCUCAAAACAAACUCCUGAUUACAAACUCAUGAAGACAGUGUUGAGAAAUAAUUUGGAAUUCAUUCACAUUAAUAAAUGCAUUUCUUAGUAAGUUUCUCUGUCCACAUGGGAAUUCUUCCAGGAAGUUAUUACACAGUUUUUUCCCCCUUCAUUUUAAAGCAGAAGUAACAAUGGAAGUUCCAAGUCAGGAAAUCAAGAGUGAAAACAAAGAGGAAGAACAGCAAAGACAACAACUCACAGAUAAUGCAUUUGGUCCUAAUCCACAGCCUGUUCUUGAAAAAGUGGAAUUUAAGGUUUGCUCUUCCUACUACCAGUAAAAUAGCCUGCAUAGCAGGCGCUGGUUAUCUUUUUUAAAGGCUGCGCAAGGGGAGCGCGCCCUAAAAAACAAAAUGGCACCUGUUAUGCAGGCUACCAGUAAAACGAUAAUGGUUACACAGUACCUGUAGAGGUGUGAUCAAGGUUGGGUGAAACCUCUUCAACAAUAAGAGUUAUUUGACUUUUAUUUUCCACAUGCUUUAUCAACAACCACCGAUAUGAAAAUAAUGUUGAAUUUCUUUAUCACCAGUCCAGGGGUCAACAAAACUCGAUUGGACAAGAGCAGUUUAAUCCUCAUAACUCACAGAAUGAGAAAAGUUUAGUUGCAAGGGUUGAUUUGAUCCAAUCUGACCCAGGUUUUGUCUACAGCCCAGCAGUCUCUGAAAAGGAGCAUUUACAAUGUACAUAUAAUAAGUAAUUUACACCACUGGGUUUUAUUUGCAGGUGCAGGAGUGGGUGCGACUCAGAAGGUUUUAGAAUUGGGGUAUAGCAGGGUUUGAAUUCUAGGACCUUCAUUUUAAGUCACACCUGCACUUAAAAACAGACAAGAGGCAUAGAACUUAUUUCAGCGACCUGUUACUACAUGAUAUAAUUUACCACGCACUAAACUUAACUCAAAACCUUUAAUAUCCACCACACUGAAUGCUGGAGAAAAUUGUUCAUGUACCUCAAAAAAAUAGCAACAUUUCAUUAAUUUUGUUCCACGAUCUUGUUGACUAAGGUAAAGUGAGAACAUUAACAUGGCUUCAAAGGACUUCUUGCAAGUCAGGAGCCCAUGUUACAAGUCGAUGAAUACUUUUUAAAAUGAUUUACUUGAACUGUGAAAUAGGUAGUAGAAUACUACCUACUAUUAUGCACUAAUUCUGUUGUCUUCUUUUGUUUACCCAGGGUGCAAAGAAAAUUUUUACAGCUUGCCAUUCGGGCAAGCUGAAACUAACAUUUACUAGCCCAUGCAACAUCAUUUCAACUAUGCCCCAAAAACGUUUUGAUGAGCAGAUUAAUUUCACAGUUCUUCUGUAAUUUGAAUUCCUCAAAAAACUUCACUUGCCUGUUCGGCAAGUUAAUAACAGAAUUCACUAAUGCGAUAGCAAAAUCCACCAGCCCCGGGCUAUUGGACACUACUUUCUUUGCACGCUGGUUUACCUCUCGCUAUUUUGCACUAUUUGUUAGUAUUUGUUUCACGGUUCAAGUAAAAUCACUCUACCCACAUGUGUCUACCACACACAUGUACUAAUUUACUGAAAACUUUGUUUUAAGAUGCAAACAAAGUUACGCAGUGGUGACCAACACUUGCCCUGGCAGCUCAACAGACCCAUAUCCUGCAAUGUUAGAUUUGAAGGACCAAGUGUCAUAGAAGGAAUAAAAAAUCUUGGAGCACAAAGCUUUGUUGAUGUACCCUUGCCAUCCUACCUGGCCAAUCUCCAUUCCCAGUCAAAGAACUCCUUCUUCCUGACAGAGACGAAAACCACCAACCCUGCAACUGGCAGUACUCAACAACAAUAA